AUGGCGCGAGCAGGAACCGGCCCAGAGACUGUCAGCGCAGCAGCCGCCGUCAGCAUGGCUCGUGCGCACGUUAUCACAGCCGCAACAGCAGCUGUUGCUCUCACAGCAACCGCUGCCGCAGCGGCAUCCUGUGCCGCCGACUCAAACGCAAGCGCAGACGCAACACUCGCGGGAACGGGAAACCCGCAGCUUCCGGAACUCUCCUGGGGGGAGGGGGACAGCGGCGGGCACGCGGUGCGUUUCGGCGAGCCCGGUUCGUUGGGUUUUCGCAUGAUGUUUCUCGAUCGCCGCGAUCGCAUCGUUUCGCCGUGGCACAACAUCCCGUUGUACGGCGAAAACAGCUGGUUGAACUGCGUUUGCGCGACGCCGUCCGGCAGUUGGUUGAAGCACGAAUUCGCACCGGAAGAAUACACCCCGCUGCGCGUCGCUCCGAAACGCGGAGAACCGUCGCACUUUUGCGACAACGCCACGUGGAACCUCGGCCUGCUGCCGCAGACGUGGCAGGACCCGGAGGAACUCGUCGAGGAAUUUCCGGGCAUGAUGGGUUGCGGCAGUCCCUUGGAGGUGAUAGAUGUUUCGGGUGGGCUGCCCGCGAAUCUAGGGCAGGUUUACACGAUUAAGCCGCUCGGAGUAAUUCCAGUUGUGCGCGAGGCUGGAUUGGCCUGGGUGGUGGUGGGAAUCGGCGCGGGGGAUUUGUUGGCGAGUUUGAUGAAUCACGUUGAUGACGUGUACGCGCUGCUCCCGGGAACAAUGGAAUCCGUCAUCCAUUGGCUGACGAUUUGCGACACCACUGAACCUGGAGACCCCCCAGCGGUGUUAGCCAGUGAUGACAGCUACGGUGCAGACAAGGCGCUUGAGGUGAUAGCACAGGCGCACGCCGCAUGGCAGCUGUUUCUCCACAGCAACGUGCAGCCGGAGCCCUGGCGGCCGGAUCUGGAUGUGUUCUCCACCAACGUGCUGCAGGCCUGCUGGCGCAAAUACACUGACGGGCAGAGCGCUGUGGUGCUCCCUGUAUCGUGUGAGCGGCGGGAUGAGAGCGUUCCUGGAGAUGCUUAUAACGGGGAUGAGAUGCUGGGGGCUGGAUCGGUGGGGUUCGGUGCGGUUGAUGGAGAUAUGGCGGAUGAGGAGGGGGUUGAGAGGGAUGCGAGGGGGUCUGGGGGUGCAGGCAAGGGUGUGCGCUUGCUGCACGGCAUCCCAGCAGCUUUGAGAGCGGUACGGGGGGGUACAGCAGCAGCAGUGCGCAUGGGAAGGGGUCCCGUGCGUGGAGCCCUCUAG